UCCUUCCUCGACUCACAACCAAAAGCAAAAAAAGCCGCGCAGCAUGCCGGCCAUGAAGCGCCCCGCCUCAUUCGCGGCUUCGGCGGCUUCGGCCAGUGCGAAGAAGGCCAAGCGAAUUGGCAGCGGCGUCGCCUUCGCCACGAAGGAGUCCCUUGCCUUGCCCAUGGACGCCAAGGUCAAGCGCACAGACGUAGAAUCCAACACAGCCUUCCACAACAAGCGCUGCGACCAAUGCGAUGGCCUGACGGUGCGUCAGUGCUUGGAACUGCAGUUCAAAAACGCCAAAGGCGAGAAAGAAAAGUACAAGCCAAGUGACUUGCGCUAUGACCUGCAAGCCAAGCGAUUGGAGCUUCUUCCCCAGGAGGUGAUGAUCAGCAAAAACUUGACUGCCGUGAAGCUCCCGGGCAGCGCGACAUCGCUGGACAGUGGGGUGCGGCUGUCCAAUGGCGUUGUGAUGCCUGUGCUGGGAUUCGGCACCUACAAGCUCUCCAGCGCGGAGGUCCUUGGCCCCGUGAAGAAUGCCCUCAAGCUGGGCUACCGCCUCGUGGACACGGCGCAGGUCUAUGAGAACGAGAAGGGAGUCGGCGAAGCCAUCCAGCAGUCCGGGCUGGCGAGAGAGGAUGUCUUUGUGGAGACCAAGGUCUGGCGCUCCAGCCACGGCUACGACAGGACCAUGAAGGCUUGCAAGCAAUCCUUGCGGAAGCUCGGGGGAUACAUUGACCUCUACGUGAUCCACUGGCCUGGGCCGAAAACGGGCUGGCCACUGAAACGAGGCCAGAUUUGCCCUCCUGACUGGAGCACUGCAAUGCGGGACACUGGCACCUGGCGUGCCAUGGAGGACUUGUAUGAGCAGGGCCUGGUGAAGGCCAUCGGUGUCACCAACUACUCUGUGCGACACCUGAAGCAGCUUCUCAAGGUCUGUAGGAUCAAGCCCAUGGUGAACCAGGUGGAAUUCCACCCGCGCCUGGUGCAGAGUGAGCUGCUGGACUUUUGCCAGAAGCACGGCAUCCAGGUCCAAGCCUAUGCUUCCCUGGGCUCCGGCGAUGCCAAGCAGGCGGAAGACUUCUUCUCCUUUCCGCCGGUGCAGAAGGCGGCCAGCGGCCACAAAGUCACCGGCGCACAGGUGCUGCUACGCUGGGCGCUGCAGAAGGGCUGCGUCAUCAUCCCAAAGAGCGUGCGGCCGGAGCGCAUGAAGCAGAACGCCGAUGUCUUCGGCUUCAAGCUGUCUGCUGCAGAGAUGAAGGCGAUCGACGCGCUGCACACUGGGGCGCGCUACGCUUGGAAAGGCGUGGAUCCAGAUACCGUGGAGUGAGGUGGCCGCUUGGCCGGCGAAAGGCGAGCCGGCGAGCCGCUAGCAUAGGAUCGGGUUGAUCUCCAUGGGUUACUGCAAUGCAGUGCCCACACCACGCUUCUCGCCUUACCCUUCUGUGGAGGAGUCUGAAU